GAAGGCCUCAUCCUGCUCAUUAGUCUCCUCCGCGCAUCUCCGCCUCCACUGCGCAGGCGCACAUCCUCCAGGACGCAGAGAGAGAGAGAGCUCAUCCACAGAGAACAGACAGAGGGGGCAAGAUGGCCCUCGAUAAUCUCAUCUUCGCCCAGUGCAUCCUCUAUUUCUUAGCCUUCGUGUUCGGCUUCAUCGCCGUGGUGCCUCUGUCGGAGAACACGGAGGACUUCGGCGGGAGGUGCCUGCUGUUCACGCGGGGGAUGUGGCAGAACGAGAACAUCACGGUGUCGAAGCAGCGCUUCAUCGUGGAGGAGUGGGGUCCCGAGUCCUCCUGCAGCUUCAUCACUUUCGUCGGGAUCGCGUCCCUCAUCCUGUCCGCGGUGCAGGCGUGGAGGCUGCUCUUCUUCCUGUGCAAAGGACACGACGACUCCAUCUUCAACGCCUUCCUCAACCUGCUGAUCAGCUCCCUGGUGGUGUUCACAGUCUUCCUGUCCAGCACCAUCGUCAGCGUGGGCUUCAACCUGUGGUGCGACUCCAUCACUGAGGGGGGGACCAUGCCCAGCAGCUGCGAGGACCUGCAGGACACUGAUCUAGAACUUGGCCUGAACAACUCUGCUUUUUAUGACCAGUUUGCUAUAGCUCAGUUUGGCCUGUGGGCUGCCUGGCUCACCUGGCUGGGCAUCGCAGUGAUGGCGUUCCUCAAGGUCUACCACAACUACAGACAAGAGGACCUGCUCGACAGCCUGAUCCACGAGAAGGACUUGCUGCUCGGUCGCUCUGCGCGCCACAGCUCCGACCUCAAGACCGGCCUCAUCUARAAAAAAAAAAAAGCCAGAUGAUGUGCAGACACAGUUAUUCACACCAAACCGUAUAUCAUCAUCCUCCACCUGCCACAAGAAACACCGAUGUUUGCCUGUGUAGACAAUCAAAAUCUAUUGGCUUGUGCUCCCAUUGACCAUGGAUUGAAUGAAACAGCAGGUUUUAGCUUUGUUCUACAGAGAUGAUAGAUUCCCCCUCAGAAAUCUACCAGUGAUUGCUAAUCCUCAAAGUGUCCUGCUAUAUUCUACCACUGUGUGCACACACAACUAUAGCCUUUGAUAGUAUUAAAACCAUCCAGUGGAAAUGUACACCCACUUUUUCUCAACUCAUGACUUUCUAUUUAGCAGCAGAGUAUUAAUGGCUUUGGACGGAUCGGCCGAUGGAUCACGUUGUCUCGACAACUUCUGCAUGGACGUAACGCAUGAUCAUUUCAUAGGGUGGUUUUUAGAUGUAAAGAAUUGUCCUUUUGUUUUAUACGCCAAAUAAAUGUGUUCCUAUCUAGACAUUUUUUUCUCUGCUAGGAUGAAGUGAGAGGUCUUUGCAUGCUGCAGCAAAGUCAAAUGGUGUGUGCUUUUUGCAGUGUAUUCACAACAGUUACAUAAGGGUGUUUUUAUAAAAAACCGACAAACUGUAGUUCAGGACUGUCAUGUAUCAGCCAGCAGGUUCCAAAAAACGCUUCAAGCUAUUUAUGUGAGAUUAAAAAAAGAUCCGAUCUUGUGCCACAUUGUAACUCAGGCUUCUCC